CAUCGAGGGGUGAAAAUCUUCAUCCUCCUUUACCAAGAGAUCGAAAGAGCAGUGGAUCUCGGCUCAAAACGUACUGCAAAUCUGCUGAAAGGUUUGCAUAAAAAUGUGCACAUCAUUCGACACCCGCAGCGGCUGUACAGAAAAACUCUGACUCUCAGACACCAUGUCACUUGGCUGUGGUCGAAUCACGAGAAAAUUAUCGCCAUCGACCAAAAUUACGCAUUCAUUGGCGGUCUUGACUUGUGUUAUGGCAGAUGGGAUACACGGGAACAUUCGUAUCUUAAGCCGUCGAAAUGGAAUCUCGACGAUCGCUUUGUUCACUCGAGACCACUCGCCAAUUCGAUACCUUUGGACGAUCCGAUCAGCCACGAAUUUUGGUACGCGUUUAAAAACAUCGCGCGACGGAACACCAAAAUUUACGCGGAGGUCUUCAACUGCAUUCCGUCCGACAGCAUAAGAAAGCAUCAGCAAGCCAAGUUAAUUGUGGCCUCUGAAGCGUUGUUCACAUGCAAUCCAGCUGAAGCAGAGAAUCGUCUAGCUCAAGUAAGAGGGCACUUGGUGGAAUACCCUUUACAUUUCCUGGAAGACGAAAACUUGUCUAUGACUGUGGGAACGAAAGAAUUCUUCUUGCCGGCAUCGUUCUGGACUUAGAGCUUCGCAAAAAUUACAGCAGUUUGGGGGUACUGUAUUCCGAAUUUCGAGUGAAAAUCAAGUGCUGAAUGAUGACAUUAUUCUACAACAUGCGCAUUUUCUGACUUCUUUAAUGAGGCAAUGAGUUGACGCAGUGAAAUCUUCCAUGCUUUCCUUUUACA